AUCCAUUCACCCAUUUAUCUCUCUCAGAUUUCAUUUUUCUUCUUCUUCUUCUCUCUCUUCUUUGUGCUUAUUGUAUUUUAUGGACAAAGGAUGGGGACUCACCCUUGAUACCUCUUCCUCUCAAUCUCUUCCAUUAUUCCCUUCCAACGAUAAUAAGAUGUUUCCUCUCCUCGGAUUCCCCGUCAACCUCAGCCGCGCCUCCAAGGAAGACGAUGAAAACCGCAAAGUUGUCGGUGAAGUUGACUUCUUCUCUGAUAGAAACAAACCUACACCUCCACCCUCUCACGACCACAACGUUAAACCCAACAUCGUCAAGAAGGAAAUCGAUGAAACACCUCUUCACAUUAAUACUGGUUUACAACUCCUUACUGCUAACACCGGGAGUGACCAAUCUACCGUGGAUGACGGGGUUUCAUCUGAUGCAGAAAAUAAGCGAGCCAAAACCACUGAGCUUGCACAGUUGCAGGUGGAGCUUCAACGCAUGAACUCUGAGAACAAGAAGCUGAAAGAGAUGCUCAGCCAUGUGACCGGUAACUACACCGCCUUGCAGAUGCAUCUUGUCACAUUAAUGCAACAGAACCAGCAGCGAACAGGAAGCACGGAAAAUGAGGUUGUUCAGGGAAAGGUAGAGGAUAAAAACGUUGGUGUUGGUGGAGGGAAGGUACCAAGACAGUUCCUUGAUAUAGGUCCCAGUGGCACAGCAGAAGUAGAUGAUCAAGUUUCGGAUUCUUCUUCUGAUGAAAGAACACGAUCGAGCACACCUCAGAACCAUAACAUUGAAGCUGGAGCUAGAGAUGGUGCGAGAAAUAACAAUGGUAAAAGCCAGUUGGGUAGGGAAGAGAGUCCAGACUCAGAAUCACAAGGUUGGAGUCCCAAUAAGCUUCAGAAAAUGAACCCUUCCAACCCUAUGGAUCAAUCCACUGCAGAAGCCACAAUGAGAAAAGCUCGUGUAUCAGUUCGUGCCCGAUCAGAAGCUCCCAUGAUCAGUGAUGGAUGCCAAUGGAGAAAAUAUGGACAAAAAAUGGCCAAGGGGAAUCCAUGCCCUCGAGCAUACUACAGAUGCACUAUGGCAGUUGGUUGCCCAGUUCGCAAACAAGUUCAACGUUGUGCUGAUGAUAGAACCAUUUUGGUUACAACAUAUGAAGGCACGCAUAACCAUCCACUGCCACCUGCUGCUAUGGCCAUGGCAUCAACCACUACAGCUGCUGCUAGCAUGUUGCUUUCUGGAUCAAUGUCCAGUGCAGAUGGAAUAAUGAACCCAAAUUUGCUAGCUAGAGCAAUUCUUCCUUGCUCUACAAGCAUGGCAACACUCUCAGCUUCAGCACCAUUCCCCACUGUGACUUUGGACCUCACACACAACCCUAACCCAUUGCAAUUUCAAAGGCCUGGUGCCCCAUUCCAAGUACCCUUCCUUCAAGCACAGCCUCAGAACUUUGGGUCAGGAGCCGCCCCAAUUGCACAAGCACAAGCACUUUAUAAUCAAUCAAAAUUCUCUGGUCUUCAGUUGUCUCAGGAUGUAGGAUCUUCUCAAUUAGCACCACAAGCUCCUAGACCACCCUUACAACCAAGCCAACAGCCCUCACUUGCUGACACAGUCAGCGCCGCCGCCUCCGCCAUCACCGCCGAUCCAAACUUCACCGCCGUGCUCGCCGCCGCCAUCUCCUCCAUCAUAGGCAGUGCUCAUAAUUCAAACAACAACAACAGCAACAACAACACAAGCCGGACUACCAUUAGCAGCUUUUCAGGAAACUGAACAUUUUCUUUUUGGGUUCAAUUUUUUGGUUAAUAUUGUUAUUAUUCCUUAAACUUUUUAUUUUUGUACAUGGGUACUAUAAGGGAAAAUGAAACCAUAAAUGUUCAUAUUCUUUUUAGUCCAUGUCUUGGGAGGGAUAUAUAUGAUAUAUUAGAUCAGAAAAAAAUGUUUUUUGUAUCAAUUUCUCUUUGAAUAAUUAAUAUUGUUGUAUAUUUGAUUAAAAA